AGGGAGAGGAGAGGAGAGGAGAGGAGAGGAGAGGAGAGGAGAGGAAGAAGAGAAGUCGUUCUGGCUGCUGCCUCUGCGUCAUAUUCAUACCAGUGCAGCUGAAACCUCCCCCUCCCCUCCUUCCCUUCCUUCCACCUCCACCUCCUUCUUCCUUCCUCCCUUCCUUCCCUCCUUCCUUCCUUCUCAUCAUCCAAUUUGCACACUGCUAUAUCUCCCCCCCCACCACCAUUUGUGUCUCCUAUCUGCAUCUGCUCAUCACAGUCUUCCUCUCUCUCGCUCUCUCUCUCUGCUGGCCCAGCUUGGUUUCCUCUGCGUGGCUGACCUGAGCGGACUUUUUCGAGCGAGCGUGGGGAGAGAAGAAAGAAGGAAGACAAAGAGUUAGCCCAUGCGAGCAGCGUGUGGACUGAGUGCAGCUGUUUCGUUCAGAGAAGAGCCCAACAUGUGAGAAGAUGUCUGUUGGAGGUUGUGCUUGUCCCGGCUGUUCGUCAAAGUCAUUCAAGCUGUACUCUCCUAAGGAGCCCCCCAACGGCGGCAGCUUUCCCCUCCACCCAGGCGCUAUGCUGGACAGAGAUGUGGGGCCCACACCCAUGUACCCCCCCUCAUACAUGGAGCCUGGAAUGGGGAGACCCACACCGUACGGGAACCAGACAGAUUAUCGGAUAUAUGAGCUGAACAAAAGAUUACAGAACUGGACAGAGGACUGUGAUAAUCUCUGGUGGGAUGCCUUCACCACAGAGUUUUUUGAAGAUGACGCCAUGCUUACCAUCACUUUCUGUCUUGAAGAUGGUCCCAAACGAUAUACUAUCGGCAGGACGUUGAUUCCUCGAUACUUUAGAAGUAUUUUUGAGGGGGGUGCCACAGAGCUCUUCUAUGUUUUGAAGCAUCCGAAGGAGUCCUUCCACAGUAACUUUGUGUCUCUCGACUGCGAUCAGUGCACCAUGGUGACCCAGAACGGCAAACCUAUGUUCACACAGGUUUGUGUUGAGGGCCGUUUGUAUCUAGAGUUCAUGUUUGAUGACAUGAUGAGGAUCAAGACAUGGCAUUUCAGCAUCAGGCAGCACAGAGAAGUCCUACCAAGGAGCAUUUUGGCUAUGCAUGAUCCCCAGAUGCUUGAUCAGCUGGCUAAAAAUAUCACCAGAUGUGGGCUGUCUAAUUCCACGCUCAACUACCUCCGUCUAUGUGUGAUAUUGGAGCCCAUGCAGGAGUUGAUGUCCAGGCAUAAGACCUAUAGCUUGAGCCCCAGGGACUGCCUGAAGACCUGCCUCUUCCAGAAGUGGCAAAGAAUGGUAGCACCUCCAGCUGAGCCAGCCAGACAAGCUCCAAACAAGAGGCGGAAAAGGAAGGUGUCCGGUGGAAGCACCGUGAGCUCCGGCGGAGGCAGCAAUAACAACAGUAACAGCAAAAAGAAGAGUCCAGCCAACAGCUUUUCACUCUCCAGCCAGGAUGUGAUGAUGGUGGGAGAGCCCACUCUGAUGGGAGGGGAGUUUGGUGACGAGGACGAGCGUCUGAUCACGCGGCUGGAGAACACGCAGUACGAUGGGGCGAAUGGCCUGGAGGAUGAGGACAGUUUCCACAGCUCGCCUGCACUGGGGGCACACUCGCCCUGGAACAACAAAGCUCCCUCCAGUCAGGAGAGCAAGAAUGACAACUCCCAGUCGUCCCAGUAGACCGCUGAGGUCCCAGCCAGCCCCUUUUUUUCAGUGCUUAAAACCUACUGGGAUCCACCUGAGCCAACACACUAGCAAGAGGAGUCAGGGAGGGUGGCCUCGAGCACUUUUGUUCAGUUAAAUUCUGUUUGUUUUGUUUCGUUAUGUUCUUAUGAAGGCAGAGCGGUUAGGGAAAGGGAUACCAGCUGAUGGACUGAUAGAUUAUUGCUGUCACAUGAAGGCAAGUUCAGAAGAAUCCCACUCUCGCUCAGUCACAUUGUUGCACAUGAUCAGUGGUGCUCAGCCUUGGCCCUUGUCUGCCCGGCUCCAGUCAGGCCUCUUUGAGGUGUGGUGGCGAGACUGGCGGGGUGGUGGUGGUGUGUGUGCGUGUGUGUUUACCCCCAUCAUCGCUCACCACAGUGUUGGAGCCAAAGUUGGCGCUUCCUGUUGUCCGAGUGCUCGCCAUGGCGACCAUGUCAGUGGGUUCUUGUUCCAACCUCGGGUCUCUGAGGCGUGCGUCUACCUUGACGACACACCUCGUUGUUUCUGUUGUGCUCAUGUCACAGGGAAAGAAAUGCUUAGCUUUUAUUUAACGUAUUUUUUUGCAGGCUGCAGAAAACUGUGUGCACUCUUAGCAUCGAAAUUCAACGUUCGGUUUUUAAAAACUCAAUUAUUUGUUU